AUUCACGUUGUGUGGUUUAUAUACGAGUUUCUCUGAUUAAGAGUAGAUCAUUUCAGAGCGUAUAAACAAACUCGUAAUCAUUUCCAUCGAUUGGUUUCACUUGUGUAUCAAAACAAAGCGGUGUCAUCAGAAACACAACAAACGUGGACUCCCGAGGCAUACAAUUCCCAUGACCCCUGCGCCACUCUGAUUGGCUCCGUCAUGCUGUCAAUCAUCCGGCGCUCCUUACGCCAGCGCUCCUACAGUAAAUAUUUGUGUUUGCCCAACCGGCUGUAAUGGUGGACGACUGAAAGAGAAAAGCCGAGAGACUACAUCUCAAAAAUCCAAUCCCGGGUGAAACACUAUUGUUCGCGGCUCGGAAACAAACACCGGCGACAAUGGAUGAACUUAAGCAUCAGGUUAUGAUUAACCAGUUCGUCCUGACAGCUGGAUGUGCCGCAGACCAGGCAAAACAGCUUUUGCAAGCGGCACAUUGGCAGUUUGAGACAGCCCUCAGUGCCUUUUUUCAAGAAACAAAUAUUCCUUACGGUCACCAUCAUCAAAUGGGCAGCAGUACAAUGGCCUCGGUGCCACCAGAUGAACAGGACGAGAUAUGGAACUGCCGAUACAGACGACAACAGCUCCAAAACCGGCUUCAGUUCCUCAAGGAGAUCCAGAAGAAGAACACCAGAACACCAGAAGAUUCAAAUACAAGCGAAGAAGGCCCGUCAGAACUAGAAAGAAUCGAGGAAGAGCUGAAGUCUCUGGAGGAAAAAGAGAAAGAGCUUAUUCAGAAAAAAAGCCACAAUAAAGUCACAUCACCCAACGUGAAGUCACCACAAUCCUCAGACAUUGCCAUCCAAGGACUCUAUGUUCUCCCCUUUAAUGCUUCAGAAACAAUUGCUCCCUACAUUCCUCUGGAAGAGGAAGAAACAGAGGAGCCGAACGCUUCAGAACCUGUUGUUCAACAGCCAAAAGCUCCUACUUCAAGUCCAAAUCCAGCUCCAGCUUCAGGUCCAGUGACAAAAGAGCUCCCAAAGAUCACCAAAUUGGAUGACCUCGGCAUGUACCCUUCAAUGGUGAAGUGCCCUUCCUGCCAAGGCAUUGUCAUGACUGAUACUCAAUUCAAAGUGGGCAGCAAUUCCUUUCUGUUUUGCUGCCUACUAUCUGUGGUUGGGUGUGUGGCCGGAUGCUGCUUGGCCCCAUUUUUUAUGGCUCGCUUUAAGGACAUCUUGCACAAAUGUCCAGCCUGCAAAAAAAAGAUUUACGUGGUAGAAAAGCUCUGAGACACCGACGGUGUCAUUUGGUUCCUGAUCUGUGACAGUAUGACUGAAGGUCCCUUAGAAGAGACUGCUGGAUGUUCAUCUUAAUCUUUUCAAUGGGACUGUUCGGGAAAGUCAACAUUUUCUUAAUUGUUGUGGAAACUCAUAGGAAUUCAACUAGUCGAGUGUAUCGAUUGAUAAUUGACUUUUUGAAUAUAACUUCUGUGGUAGUUGCAGAUCUUACAUGCAGGGUCCAACAUUAAAACUCGCCAAUGUGGCAAAUAAAA